AUGUCCGAACGCGGUCGCUCAAGAUCGCCGAAAGCGUUGACGCCCAGCCCGCGCCGCAACGGCGAUGUCGCUAUGUCGCCCCGAGCUCCCUCUGCUGGAGGCAGCGCUUCGGGCUCGCGCGUCAUCGUCAUUGACGGUUUAACCAAAAAUGUCCACCCCGGCCACCUCCGUGAGAUCUUCGGCUUCUACGGUAGAGUCACUGGUCUUGACCUCCCCGUAUUCAAGGUUUCCGGUCUGAACAGAGGUAAGGCGGCGCUCGAGUUCGACCGCCCGAAUCAGGCUGAGGAGGCUGUGCGCUGCAUGGAUGGAGGAAUUCUGGACGGAUCGGUGCUGAAGGUGCAAACCCCCUGCCGCCUCCUCGCCAGCCGUCGCCCAUUGCGAGGCGCUCCCCGCCUCCUCCGCGCCGAGGCUCGUUCCGUUCGAGGUCGCCUUCUCCGCGACGCGGCGGAGGCUGGCGUCGUUCCCCUCCCCCGCAUCGCCGGCGGUCUCCCUCUCCUUACGGCCGCUCGCCUUCGCCCAGGAGAGGCAGCUUUGACCGUCGCCCUCCACCCGCCUACGGCCCUGGCGCGCGCAACAACUUCGGUGGUCGUGGUGGAGACAGAUUCGGUGGCGGUCGUGGCGGAGGGCGUGACUUCCGUGGUCGCGGUGGCGAUGUGUAUCGACCUCGCUCGCGCUCGCGCUCGCGUUCGCCCCCAUACCGCCGCGCGCCUCCGCGUCGUAGCCCGGACUAUGUUCGCGGUGCUCGCAGCCGGAGCCGCUCGCCCCGCCGAAGCUACUCGAGGAGCCUGUCGCCGAGGAGGAGUAGGAGCAGGAGCUACUCGCGGAGCCGCAGCCGCAGUUUCAGCCCGCGUCGAUCUUACUCUAGGAGUCUCAGCCCGCGGCGUGAUCGCAGUGCCAGUAUGA